AUGCGGUGUCAGAAUCUCUACCAGUUCGGUCAGAAGCUGGUCCGCAGGCGGCCCCUGGAGCCCACUGAGGAUUCUAAGAGUCCCACGGCUCCUCUGAACAUCUUGAAGCUGGUGGCCUUCGGUGUGGCCAGCACCCUGGGGGCUGGCGUAUACAUUCUGGUGGGAGAAGUGGCCAUGUUCAUUGCUGGACCAGCGAUCAUCAUCUCCUUCUUGGUGGCAGCCCUGUCUUCUGUAUUGUCUGGGCUCUGCUAUGCCGAAUUUGGGACACAGGUCUCAUGGACUGGUUCUGCAUAUCUCUACAGCUACAUCACCAUGGGAGAAUUGUGGGCAUUCAUCACUGCCUGGAACCUCAUACUGUCCUAUGUCGUUGUCACAGGCAGUGUGGCCAGGGCCUGGAGCAUCGCCUUCGACAGCCUGAUUGGGAACCACAUCUUUCAGGCCUUAGAGGGAACUUUCUCUCCAUAUAUGCCCUACUACCUGGCCAAGUAUCCAGACUUUGUUGCUUUGUCCCUGGUGCUGUUGCUCACAGGAGUACUGGUUCUGGGAGCUCGUGAGUCAGUCCUGGUUGGAAAAAUAUCCACAGGCAUCAACCUUUUGGUCCUCAGCUUCAUCAUAAUCUCUGGCUUCAUUAAGGGAGACAAGCACAACUGGGAGCUCACAGAACAGGACUACACAUUGAACACGUCUGAAUCUGGUGACAUCUCUAGCUUGGGCCCUCUGGGUUCUGGAGGGUUUGUGCCCUUCGACUAUGUUGGAAUUCUCCAUGGAGCAGCUCUAUGUUUCUACUCGUUUGUGGGUUUUGAUGACAUUGUCACUAAAGGGGAAGAAGCCCCAGAUCCUCACCGCUCCAUCCCCAUCAGCAUCGUGACCACGGUCUUCUUCUGCUUUUUGGCGUAUUUUGGUGUCUCGGCGACUCUCACCCUCAUGGUGCCCUACUACCAGAUUCAGCCUGACAGCCCCUUUCCACAGGCUUUCCUCCAUGUUGGGUGGGGCCCUGCCAGAUAUAUUGUGGCUGUUGGCAUCCUCUGUUUUCUUUUAUACAGACUGCAGAGCUCCCUGUUCCCCGUGCCUCAAGUGAUCCAGGAAAUGGCCGAGGAUGGGCUCCUUUUCCAAGGACUUGCCCGGACCCAUGCCCGCACGAAGACCCCCAUCAUGGCCACCGUGUCCUCUGGAAUUCUCGCAGGGAUCAUGGCGUUGCUCUUUGAGUUCAGUAAUCUGGUGGACCUCAUGUCGAUUGGACACCUGCUGGUUUACUCCUUGGUGGCGUUUUUUGUCCUUGUCCUCAGGUACCAGACAGACUGGAAUUUAAGCAAGAAUGAGAAAAUAGAAGACAAAAUUCAGAUGAAGCCUCUAGUUAAGAAAAAUCCUUUGGAAUCUGAGCCUGAAGCAGGAACCUCAAAGACUCUAACGAGUCUGUGGUUGCCUAUCAGCACCACCCCCACCCAGAAAUCUGCCCAGAUUGUCUAUGGAUGUGCCUUCCUGCUUGUUCUCCUGCUGACCGUUCUGAGCCUGAUCCUGGCCCAGUGGCCCAGCCAGGUGUUCUCUGGAGACCCCGUGCUCACAGCAGUGGCUGUGCUGCUGCUGCUGCUCAUCACUGGGGUCACAGUCAUCAUCUGGAGGCAGCCCCAGGACCCCUCUCCUCUUCCGUUCAGGGUCCCUGCUCUGCCCGUCCUCCCACUGGUGAGCAUCUUUGUGAACCUUUACUUGAUGAUGCAGAUGACUUCUGGGUCCUGGAUCCAAUUCGGUGUCUGGAAUGCCAUUGGACUUGCCAUAUACUUUGGAUAUGGAAUCAGACACAGCCUGGAGGAGAACAAUGAGCCACAGCCACCAGCCCCCGCCUCCCAGACUCUUGACAAAAAUACCCCUAGUGAUGAAUGGUCUUAA